AUGCGGCACUGUAAAAGGGUGUCCAGGAGUGGCAACACUAGCAAGGUAGGCCUUGUCCCACAGUUCAACUCGAGCUUUGGCCAAUCAGACACACUAUAUGUGGCGUCAGCCACACGCCCGUUGCUAUCCCAAUCCGACACACAUCAACCCAACCGUGCAAGCCAUGCUAACUAUGAUAAGUUACGGGUUGAGCUAAUCCCAUCGUCCAGCCUCUCUUGUCUCUCAUCCCCAACUCCUAGAAGAAACAAAAUGUCAGACCACCUCGACCAGCUCUACCUCACUUAUCUUGACACAGUUGACACCUACCAAACUCUUCGCGCCUCCCUCGCAACACAAUUUUCCAAAGGGUUUCUUACCCUCGCGCAAGCGAGCUAUCAUUCCACGAGUGGGGGUCGGAGAUACGGGACAGACUUCUAUGAUGAGCGUAUGACAGCCAUAAGAGGUGUGGGGGUGGAAGGUGGAGGAGUGUUUGAAUGUAAACUCCUUGAGUUUGAGAAGGAGGAGGAGGAGCAGAAGGAAAGGGCCCGGGAUACCGAUCGGGAAGGCUCGGAGAUGGAUACCCUCGAAAAGCCGAAGGAACAGACACCAACUAUAGACCCUCGGGACCCCAUCCGCUGGUUUGGAAUUCUGGUCCCGCCCGCUCUUCGUCAAGCUCAGUCAGAAUUCACAUUAUCAGUGCAGACAAUCAUCCCGCAGCUCACGACAACUAUAACGAAAUUAGCUCUGCUCUCCUCAGAGAUAGAGUCGCACCGAAAUCACGUCGGCACCAAAUAUCUGUACAAGAUAUUAACCGCAGCUCCCCCGUCCCCACUUCCGGAAGCGGUUGAGUUACCACCCCUAGAUAUUUCCCACGGUUUCAUCCAUCUCUGCACAGCAACCCAAGCCGUGGGAGUCGUUGAGAGGUUCAUGGCGGAUUCGGAAGAAGUUUGGCUGCUGAAAAUUCCGUACAGCAAGGUUGAAAAGGAUACAAAGUGGGAAAGCGUUUCACAAGGAGGGGAAAGGGGAGAGGAGUUUCCACACAUGUUCAUGGAAAAGCUCGGAUCGGGUCAAGUUGAGGAGGUGCGACAAGUCAUGAGAUUGGAAGAAAAGGGGUGGCGAGAAUCUCUUGAGGGGGUGGAGUGGCUAGAGUGAGUGAUUAGCUACUAUUAGAUGGUACGGGGUCGUUACCCGUACUGUACCCGUACGCUCACUCAACUAAGAAUGAAAUACCCAAUAAGGGUCAUUG